AUGCUUGAACUACUGAUCCACCCCGGUCCCAAAACCGAGCUAAUCGACACCCCCAUCCCCACUCCCAAUGACGACCAGGUCGUGAUCAAAGUAGUGGUUUCCGGGAGCAAUCCCAAGGACUGGAAGCGGCCCGAAUGGUUUGACGUGCACAUCAACCAGGGCGACGACAUCGCCGGGAUUGUGCACAGGACUGGGAAGAACGUGACUGAAUUCAAGGUGAAUAUCCAUCGAAGAGUAUUGGGUAGUUAUGCCGAGUAUGCUGUGGCGUGGGCAUAUACGACUUUUCAUAUCCCCGAGAAUACAUCUUUUGAAGAGGCCGCAACAAUUCCCCUCGCAGGAAUGACGGCAGCACUCGGCCUCUUCUCCCGGCUCAACCUCCCAGAUCCAUGGAAAAACAACCAAAACCAAAAGCCAACCCCAGUCCUAAUAUACGGCGGCGCCACAGCCGUGGGCUCAUUCGCACUAAAGCUAGCAGUGCGUGCAAACAUCCACCCUCUCAUCGCGGUCGCAGGAGGAGGAACCACAUACGUCGAUACCCUGCUCGACCGCUCUAAGGGCGAUACGAUCAUUGAUUAUCGACAAGAUCCAGAUGCGCUAAUCGAUGCUAUUCACUUGGCGUUGCGCGAGCGCGGGUUUGACGAAUUGUAUCAUGCAUUUGACACAGUCUGCGCACAUGGAAGUGUCAAUAACGUGCUACGCGUGGUGCAUGGCCAAGGAAGCGCUGCAUUUGUUCUACCGAUUCAGUCCCAGCUCUCUUCGUCUAUACAGCCACCGCCUACGCUCCAGAUCACUGAAACGAAUGUGAGAAGUGUGCAUGGACAGCCCGGUGCGUGGGAGGGGGACCCUGAUUUUGGAUUUGUGUAUUUCCGGUAUUUUGGUCGGGGGCUCGCGGAGGGCUGGUUCCGGGGUCAUCCGUAUCAGGUCCGUGAGGGUGGGUUGGAUGGAGUUGAGGGCGCGUUGGCGGAUUUGAAGGGUGGGAAGGCGAGCGCGGUAAAAUACGUUUUUCGCAUUGCGGAUACGCCGGCGCUGAAGACUGUUGAUGGGGGUCGUGGAUGA